CCCCGAGCCGCACUAGUAGGGGCGGAGCGCCUGGUUCCAGGGGCUGGGGGCAGCGGCGGUCCAGGGCUUCGCGUGGCUGGGGUGCCAGGAGUCGGGCGUGCCGCAGCCCCUCUCCCUCUUGGAUACCCUACCCUCUUCCCCCUUCCCGCCCUAGCCCGCGGUGCGAGGCUGGGAGCCGCCGCCCGGGGCCGCGCCGUGCUGUCUCUGAAGGGUACAAAUCAGAGCAGGUCAUGAGUCCGAAUAAAGACGCCAGCAGUCUCAACAGCUCGGGAGCAGGCCUUGUCUGCCUCCCGCCAGUCUCCGAGGAGCUACAGCUUGUGUGGACUCAAGCGGUCCAAACCAGUGAGCUGGACGGAAAUGAGCACCUGCUACAGGCUUUCAGCUACUUCCCCUACCCAAGCCUGGCAGAUAUUGCUCUCCUCUGCCUGCGGCAUGGGCUGCAGAUGGAGAAGGUAAAGACCUGGUUCAUGGCCCAACGUCUCCGCUGUGGCAUUAGCUGGUCAUCUGAAGAGAUAGAAGAGACUCGAGCCAGAGUGGUGUACCACCGAGAUCAGCUCCUUUUCAAGUCUCUUCUGUCUUUCACACAUCACGCAGUGAGGCCCCCACAGGAGAUGCCUCCAGUGACCCCUCCAGAACAGGUUGCUCUUGGACUGCGUCCUCUGGCGCUUAGCGAGCCCACUCAGAUGAAAGGAUUGAAGGUUGAGCCUGAGGAGCCCUUUCAGGUCUCACAGCUGCCACUGAAUCAUCAGAAAGUUAAGGAGCCUUUGAUGAUGGGCAGCAGAACAUUGAACCACCAAUCAGAUUGUCAGGAUCUUCAGAUCAGUGGCCUCUCUAAGGAGCAGGCAGGCGGGGGUCCUGACCAGUCAUGUGGUGGAGGAACUGCUUCCUGGAAUCACUCCAUAGCUGUCCAUCAGCCAGAUAAGUCCCCAUUGAUCUCAUUACUUGAUAAUAGUUGUAAGGAGGAAUCCGAACCUAGUGGAACACCUCCAUCUUCCUCUACCUCUUCUCCUUUCCAGGUACUGGCUAAUGGAACCACUGCCACCCAUAAACCCCUCCAGCCUUUGGGUUAUAUCCCACAGUCAUUCUCACCUGGUGAGCAGGCACUGUCUCCACAAGUAGAACCACUCUGGUCCCAAAGGCUACGGAAUAACUCAGUACCGAGCAGGGUUGGCCCCACCGAAUACCUUUCCCCAGAUAUGCAACACCAGCGAAAGACUAAGCGUAAAACCAAAGAGCAGUUGGCCAUCCUCAAAUCCUUUUUCCUGCAGUGCCAAUGGGCACGACGAGAAGAUUACCAUAAGUUAGAACAGAUCACUGGUUUACCUCGCCCUGAGAUCAUUCAAUGGUUUGGUGACACACGCUAUGCCUUGAAGCAUGGACAGCUGAAAUGGUUUCGGGACAAUGCAGUACUUGGUACUCCUAGUUUUCAAGAUCCAGCCAUUUCUACAUCAUCAACUCGUUCUUUGAAAGAAUGGGCCAAGACACCACCUCUACCAGCCCCACCGCCCCCACCAGAUAUACGACCUUUGGAGAGGUACUGGGCCGCCCACCAGCAGCUGCAGGAAGCUGAUAUCCUUAAACUGAGUCAGGCAUCAAGACUAAGCACUCAGCAAGUGCUGGACUGGUUUGACUCUCGAUUGCCUAAGCCAGCAGAAGUGGUAGUUUGUUUAGAUGAAGAGGAAGAGGAGGAGGAUGAAGAACUGCCAGAAGAUGGUGAGGAAGAAGAGGAGGAGGAGGAAGAAGAUGAUGAUGAUGUAAUCAUACGGGACUGAGGGAGGCUGAGGCAAAGGGCAGUCUAUUACUGAAAUAUUAAUCAACUUAGUGACUGUUGAAACUUUUUAAAAUUGCUCUUGUAAAUGUUUUGUUUUCUUGAAUAGUCGAAGUGUGUGAUCUUGACAGUAGACAGGAGAGGGUAACAAGGAUAAACUGAAGUAAUUGGAUCAGCACAAAUCCAAUUCUCCAGCCUCCAUGUAGAGAGAAUUUGGGAUGUGGACAAACAGUGGCUGAAAAGAGCAUUUGCUCUGUCUUGUUCUUUAGGACUCUUAAGUUAUGUCUCAGCCCCACAUCUACAGGGCACCUGAGUGGAGAGAAGCAUUGUGAUCCAGUUGAUCCUAGUGCACCCCAGCAUUGGUCAGAGAAUCCUUUGUGCCUGUCCUGUCUUUCUGAGCACAUGUCAAACACAAUGCUGCUACUGAUUGCAGGGCCCUGGUUUUGUAACAGACAUGUCCUCAGACCCCUUUGAUUUGUCACUAAUUCACAGCAGACUGUUCUUGCUUCUGACACUGACCAAUCUGCUCUCUACCAUUUUAUUUCUAUUCCCCUCUUUGCUCACUAUUGUCUCAGGGUAAAUCUUUACAUACAGAGUUUGUGGAAAUUUUUUUAAUAAUCAGAGUGUGAAUAUUUGUAUAUUUAUUGUAGGUGUCAUAGUCCCUGUGACUACUAUACUUGGCGGGUAGAGGCAGGAAGAUCAAGGAGUUCAAGGCCAGCCUUGACUACUACCUAGGACGUUAAAGGCUAACCUGGACUAUGU